GCCUCUCCACCGGCCUCGCCUCAGCAUACCCUUCAACAGGCGGCACCAGGCGAUGGUGAAUACGGCAACUGCACUCUCUCCCUUCCUCCUUUUCCAUCGGGCUGGCCUUCUUUCUUCACGGUGAUGCAAGCACCGCUGCUUCUUCGCACAAAGUUUUCCCUUUCCUCUGGUUUAGGUACCCACUACUCCAUACCUCUUCCCGAGACAUCAUCGCACUAUCUAAGUUAAUCAAUUGGGAAUUAGCAGUGUGUUGCUUUCGCGGGUUGCUAAUUUCAUCUAUUGAGUUCACGGGCCAGAAGCAGUUCAUGAUGUUCGUAACUCCAUGAAGGAAUUCCUAGAUUCGUUGGGUUGGGAAUUGAUGCAGUGUUUGAAUUUAUGUGGUUUCAAAGCUUCCUUGAUUUAUGUGAAGGAUGUUCAAUUUGCUAUAAGGUAUGUGUCUCCUUGGUGGUACAUACGUUCAAAUCAAAAGUUUGUAGAAGUACAACGUCUACUACCCAAGUUCCCUUACCGCUGCAUCUCUUCCAUAGGCGUAAUCACUCACUGCCACACUUAGCGAGAAAUUCCCCUUUACCAGCAAAGCACAACGAGGCAGCGUUGCGGGGCAUGCAUGAGCUGAAAGAUAUGAUCGCCAUCACCCUUUCCUUCUAGAGCUACUACUUGAUGGAAUUAAGAUUUUCGUUGUAUUGGUACGAUUUAUGGUUUUGUCACUGUACUUUGGUGCAGAAAUCAACCAGGUAUUUAGUUUGUUAUACUCAAGUUGACUACAUCAAUCGGGCUCUACUUGGCAUCAAAUAAUGAAUACCGGUGGAUCCAGAAUGUUUUAUUUUGGUAGUAUUUAAUGUAUUGCAUUAUGCAUAAGGUCUAAACUGCAAUACUUUGCACUCUAGCUCAAGUCGUUUUCUAUAGUUUUGCCUAUGUUCUUAUUCUUAGUUUUGGAUUUGAACAUUGGCCGGUGCAUGUUUUCUAGACCCAAGCAACAGCGAACGAUGCAUUGGAUGCGACAUGACAACUCCGCACCCGCACCUUGUUCGCCUUGGCCUCAUCGCCACCUUGUUUGUCCAACAAUGUUGUGAGUCUGGAGGUUGCACUUUGGCAUACAAGUUCCAGUCCAAUGGAUCAUUGGAACGGUGUAUGAAUCAUUUUCAAGGGAAGUGCUUAAACGGCAAAAAUCUUCAGAAGAGGCUGUUCCGGAAGCAAAGAAACUUCUUUCAAAGAAGAAGCUGCACCGUUCCUGACAAGAGGAUGUCCAUGUGCCUCCACCCUUUUACAAUGGUUAUACUUUUUAUCACAUACUCUUAUAGGAUUGCUCCAUGGUACAUUCAGUGGAGUAGUGAGUUCGAUGCGCCCUACAAAUUUUACUGAUUUGGAGUCUGAAACAACACAAUGUCCAAUCAGUACAUUUUCCUUUGGUGAGACAUAGAGCAAUUUUUUCUUUUCAUAAUCCUACGUUGUAUUGCACAAGAACUUUGACCAAGAUUAGUAAUUGUAUUCUUGAAUCCAUGUUAAGUUUCCCCUUACCUUUUUCCUCCCAAGUUUAUCUGUUGAUUGGAAAUAUUACCCUCCAAAGUUUUUCGUAUCACACAUGUAAUGUAUCAGUUUCCUUUUGCAUGCCACAUAUGAGAAUAUCAAAAUAUAUAACAUUUCAUGUGCGGUUUAUUUUAAAAUGUUCGUUCUGUGCGCCUGUCAAAAGCAGGCUAAAAUCAUGUUUCAAACAUAUCUUCACAGCUGUUAUGUUAGUUCAAUUUGCAAGUACUACUUAUUGUACAAACUCGGGAUGGAUAUAGUUGUUUCUGCUGUGUUCAAGGUGCUUUCAUGAUA